GCGCGGUGUCGGCUCCUGCUGCCGCCGCGGCGGAUAGGCGCUGACAGGCAGCAGCUGCCCUGUUCAGGGGCCGCGGGGCCGUCUCUGCUCGGGGGAGGCCAUUGGAGUGUGUGGGAUGGCCUCGAGGUGGCGGAGCCGGAGGUCUCUCCGGCGGCACCUCCCACCCACCGCCCUCCGCAGGGCGUCGGGAGAACAUGGCAGCCCGGGUGCGCUGGACACUCGCAUGCGUGAUCGCUCCUCCCGUGCCUCGUCCCUCGGAUCGCUGUGCGCCCUGCGCUGCUUGCACCACGGAUAAACAGCAGAAGUCUGGCGUACUUUCCUUUAUACCGGGACUGUAAAACGUCGUGCUGGCAGCCUCUGCCUAGCUGUUUAAGAGCAGUGGAUUGUGAAUUCAAGCCUUUGAUAUCCUGAGGUUAUCAGCAUUACUAUCUUCGAGUGAGAUAACAGUUCUCAAAGAAUCUUCGGGGGAUUCACCAUGACAUCAGUAGUGAUUGACAAUGGAGGCCCUGCCCUGGAGUUUGACAGCAAUGAAAUAAAAAAUCAAGAGGUUAGAAAAGAAAAUGAGCCAAUCUCUGAGUUCCCAGCAGUGGUUGUGGAGCCAGUUCCUAGUGCCAGACUAGAACAGGGUUACGCUGCUCAGGUCCUGGUUUAUGAUGAUGAGACUUACCUGAUGCAAGAUGUAGCAGAGGAACAAGAAAUUGAGACUGAAACUGUGGAAACAGUAGAAGCAUCAGUUCAUGGCAGUAAUGUGCAUUGCACAGAUAAGACAAUUGAAGCUGCAGAGGCCUUGCUUCAUAUGGAGUCACCUACCUGCCUGAGAGACACCAGGAGUCCUGUGGAAGUUUUUGUCCCUCCAUGUGUGUCCACCCCAGAAUUUAUCCAUGCAGCCAUGAGACCUGAUGUGAUCACAGAAACUGUGGUGGAAGUAUCAACAGAGGAAUCUGAACAAAUGGAUGUGUCUCCCAUUCCAACUUCCCCUGAUAUCCAUGAGCCAAUGAAAAAGAAAAAGGCUGGCCGUAAGCCCAAGACCCAGCAAUCAACUUUAUAUGAUGGGUCUCCAGAUCUAGGUAUAAAGAAGAAACCUAGAGAAGGCAAAGGAAAUACAACGUACUUAUGGGAGUUCCUUUUGGACCUUCUUCAGGACAAAAAUACAUGUCCUCGGUAUAUUAAAUGGACUCAGAGAGAGAAAGGAAUCUUUAAACUUGUGGAUUCAAAAGCUGUCUCCAAACUCUGGGGAAAACACAAAAACAAACCUGACAUGAACUAUGAGACUAUGGGAAGAGCUCUGAGAUACUACUAUCAAAGAGGAAUCCUGGCAAAAGUUGAGGGACAGAGGCUUGUAUAUCAGUUUAAGGAGAUGCCAAAAAAUAUAGUUGUCAUAGAUGAUGACAAAAGUGAGUCUUGCAAUGAAGAUUUGUCAAUGCCUACAGAUGAAAAAUCCCUGGAAAGAGUGUCUUUAUCUGCAGAAAACCUUUUAAAAGCAGCAACCUCUGCACGUGGAGGAAAAAAUUCUUCUCAGUUAAGUUGUACAAGAACAGAAAAAGAAGUCACCAGAGUUGUGAAUAUUGCCUCACCAGCUCAUGACACAUCCUCAUCUCAUCCUUCUGCUACUGCUGCUACUGUCCCAGCAACAACAGCUCCCAGGACUGUUCGUGUGGCAAUGCAGGUGCCUGUUGUCAUGACCUCUCUGGGACAGAAAAUCUCAACUGUGGCAGUGCAGUCAGUAAAUGCAGGGUCACCAUUAAUAACCAGCACAAGUCCAACUACAGCAACAACUCCAAAGGUAGUAAUCCAGACAAUCCCUACUGCGAUGCCAACCUCUGCUGAAAAUGGAGACAAAAUCACAAUGCAGCCCACCAAAAUCAUCACAAUCCCUGCCACGCAACUCACGCAGUGUCAGUUGCAAACGAAAACAGGCCUGUCUGGGUCAGGAAGUAUCAACAUUGUGGGAGCCCCAUUGGCUGUUAGAGCACUAACCCCAGUGUCCAUAGCUCAUGGGACACCACUAAUGAGACUGUCAGUUCCUGCUCAGCAGGCCUCUGGCCAGACUCCUCCCAGGGUGAUUAGUGCAGUUCUCAAAGGUCCAGAAGUUAAAUCAGACACAGCCACUUCGAAACAGGAAUGUGAAGUGAAAACACUGCAGCUGGUAAAAGAGGAGAAGCCAGUGGAUGGAAGCAAGACUGUGACCCACGUAGUAGUAGUUAGUACACCCUCAGCUAUUGCCCUUCCUGUAACAAUGAAAACAGAAGGAAUCAUCACAUGUGAGAAAUGAAGAAUAGGUUUUUUUCCAGCAUGGACUUCUAACUGUUAUGGUUUUGAAUAUACUGACAUAAUUGGGGGAGGGAUGUGGAUGCCACCACCAAAUCAUAAAGGAGAGUUUUGGAAUGCUAAUAAACAUGCAUAUGUUGAAGACUUACUGGAAAAAAAUUAUUUUCCUGUGUUUCAGUGGGAAUUAAACCACACUGAUAUGCUGAUAAAAACUGCCUCUUCCAGUUGGGAAGCAGCUGAACCUAUGGAGAAGGAGAGAGGGACUGAAAAGGGACCAAACAAUUUCACUACGCUACCGGUUACCAAGUUACACUAAGACCUGAAACACUAAGAGAGAACUGUGUGAGAGGUUUGCCCUGGUUUUUAGUUUUCAGGGGGAGAGGAAAGUCUCAUUGUUACACAAAUGGCAAAUUUGAUGCAUUUUAUGUGCAUACCAGCGAUUACUACUGUGUGCCCACAGUACUCAACUGGUGCUAUGUGAAAAACUAUGCUACUAGGUAUUGUAGGAACUGAAAUAAAGGAGAUUAAAGAGCUUCUAAAAGAAGACAGAGACCUAGAGGGAUUUCUGUAUCAUACAGCUUAAGCAGAUUCAAAUUGAAAGCCUUAGACUGAUUUUCAGUUAUCUUUCUUGAAAUAAGCUAAUGGCUUGUUUGUGUAAAGCUUUUUUAUUAAAAGAAAUUUUUUAAAAACCUUGUACCUAGCACAGUAUUGUUAUAGAAUAACAUGUAACAUAUUUUCUAUGGUAGUUAAGAGUCUGUCUAAAUUUCUUAAUCCUGGACAAAGUAGCAGCAGGUUUUCUGCCUUCUGCUGUACUAUGCCUGUUUCUCUCACUUAGCCUUGACAUCUGUGCAUACAUUUCAGUUUCAGUUCUACUCUCACUUCAGAGGUCACGCCCAGCAUGAGCUUUUGUCAGGUAGUUCUAAACCUGUAAAUUUUUUUAGUUGAAGUUAAGAGGGAAGUACCAGUGUUCAGAACGAACUAUAAUAGUUUGUAUAUUCAACAUUUGAAGUAUAUUCUAUUUUGUUGUACUCUUGUUUCAAAGUGUAUUCAAGUAGGUUUUACUGAAAUACAGAAAGAAAAUUUAAUGGUG